AUGCCGGCUUUUUGUACGUUACAGACGUUGGAGAGUCUUUGCAACGAACUUAUUGAUUCUUUACCCGAUCAUAGAGUUCGAGGAGGACGAACAGUUACUGUAAAGAUGAAAUUCUCGACGUUUGAUGUAAUUACAAGAUGCUGCAGCGUGGAUUACAUGAUUUCUGAUGUAGACCGUUUAUUUGCUUUAUGCUCAAAGUUUGUACGUCGAGAAAUGCACAACGACCAUGGCAGUGAUAAAUAUUUGAGAUUGCUUGGUGUACGGUUAGCGCAUCUAGUCUUCGAAAAUGAGAAGAUUGAGCCCUCAAACCCGCUAUGCUCAUUCUGGAAGCAAAAAGAAACGGAAUCGACAGCAUUGGGAUAUAUUAGUGAUGAUGCGUCAAAUAAUAGUCUUUUACUCUCAAAUUUGAAAUUUGAUCGCAACUUCGACAUUGAAGACGGACUAGAUGGUACCUCUCAAGAAGUGGUUCAUUUGGCUGAACCACAACCUUGCCCAAUUUGCAAAGUCGCAUUGCCAAAGAAGCUCACAUUGGUGAAUCAACAUAUUGACGAAUGUUUGAAUAGAAAAGCGAUAAGUGAACUGCAAAAUGAUCAAAAUACCAUCAAUGCGACGGUAGACGGUGGAAGUCCGGAAGACAAGACGCCAAAGAAAAGGCUGAUGAAGAGAAAAGUCUCAGGUUGGAAAAUAUCUGCGGAAUUUGGAUUAACUGCUGAAGCAAAAGGCUGUAACUCACCUGCACAUUCAAAUUCAGCUGUUUUGAGUUCAAAAAAGGGAAGAAAUUAUGAAGGGAUGCUGGAAGUUGUGAUGGAACAAAGUUCUACUCAUGGUAACGAUCGCUACCAUCGAUAG